AUGAGAUUUCUGCUGCUUUUUCUGCUAUUGCUUCUGAGCUGCAGCCACAAGGGGGUUGCGCUUACAUGCAAGAAUACAGAGUACCUGAGGGAUGGGAAAUGUUGCAGUCUUUGUAGUCCAGGAAAAAAAGUCUCCCAGGAAUGUGAUGCCCAAAUAGAUACCGUUUGUGAAAACUGCAGAUCUGGAGAGUUCCAAGACAAAUGGAACCGAGAGACCUCUUGCCACCAGCAUGCCUAUUGUGACCCAAAUGCUGGGAAGAAGGAGGUCACUAAAGGCACUGCAGAAAGGAAUGUUGAGUGCCUGUGUCAGAUUGAUAGACAUUGUUCUGGCCCGACAUGUGAGAUUUGUUUAAAGAAUACACCUUGUAGCCCUGGAAAUGGAGUCACACAAACAGCAACCAGCACUUCUGACACUCAGUGUUCCCCAUGUGCAGAGGGGACAUUCUCUAAUACCACGUCUUACAAUGAUCCAUGCAUUAGCUGGAAAAGUUGUGGAAAUGAAGAGAGUGAACUAUUCCCUGGGAACAGCACCAGUGACAAAGUUUGCAGAAUGAAGCCACAAAGGAGCCAUAUUUGGAUUAUUGUGCUCAGUCUGAUAUUUGUUGUUCUGAUAACAAUGGCAUUGUGCUUUGUUUCAAAGAAAUAUGGGAUUUUUCAGAGGAAGAAAGAAAAGCAACAGUUUCAGGAACCAGUGAAACUUAAGCGAAUUCCGAUAGAGGACAAUGAUCCUGAAGCUGACCCUAUGGAAGAUUGCUACUCUUUGCCAGAUACCACAGCACAAGGACUACCGGUGGCUCAGGAACAGGGAAAGGACAGCCACAUGUCUCAGGAAGAACAAUAA